GAGGAGGAUAGGCUGCAAAAUCAUAAAACAGCUGGACGGGACGCAGUGAACGGAUGCACGACAUCUGUCCAGCAUCUCAUCAGCAUCAGAGGAUUCCUCUCUUCUGUUCAUCAGCCUCUGGAGGCUUCCUGAGAAACCUUGUAUUCGACUCCAUAUCACUUACAAACACACACGAUGCCCGAGAAGACCAAAUAUAACCUGGUGGACGACAGUGAUGACAGCUUUCAGUGCGGCAUCGCGUUCCAGGUGAAGUUUAUUGGCACUUUGGACAUUGUGCGUCCCCAAAGCAGGCUGGACAUCCUGGCAGCCAUGAGAAGGGUCCGGUAUGAGUUUAAAGUGAAGAACGUCAAGAAGAUGAAAGUCAGCCUUGUUGUAGCUGUGGAUGGUGUCCGAGUGGUGUUGCAUAAGAAAAAAAAGAAAAAUGCAUACAGCUGGGAUGAAAGUCAUGUAACAUUGGCACAGGAUCCCAUUUACAGAAUAUUCUAUGUGUCCCACGACUCCCAAGACCUUAAAAUCUUCAGUUAUAUUGCAAAAGAUAAGAAGAGCAACGUGUUCCGCUGCAACGUGUUUAAAUCCAAGCGAAAGAGUCAAGCUAUGAGAAUUGUGCAGACAGUCGGCCAGGCGUUUGAGGUUUGCCAUAAACAGAGUCUGGAUACCGUGGAUGAAUGGUUGUUGAAGUGCGAGGAGGAGAGAGGAGAGGAGGAGGACACUCCAGAUGCUGAUACCAACACGGAGGAGACGGUGCAGAAGACAGAUGUAAAGGUCUCUGAAGAUGUGGUGGAAAUAGAGCCUUCAGGAGUGCUGUCACCGGUCCCAGAGCGGCUGUCACUGAGCCACCGGGUCCAGCUCCUGAAGAAACAGCUUAAACAGCAGGAACAGAAGAGCCAGGCUGCCUCAGCACAGGCUGCUCUGCUCCAGCAGCAGCUGUGUUUGGAGGCUCGGGCGAGGACGGAGGCUCAGGUUCGAGCUCACCAGCUCCUGCAGCAGAACGGCGAGCUCCUACAGCAUCUUUCCAUGCUGAUUAAACACAUCCAGGAGCUGGAGCUCCGCACUCACUCGUCCUCCUCCAUCAUGGGGUCUCAGGAUAGCCUGUUGGAGAUCGCUCUAAGAGACAACGUUCCUCGUUUCUCACCCUCAAAGAAGCCUAACGUAGUGCGCCUGGAUCCUUUUGGCUUCUUUCCAGAGCCUUCGGACAGUGAAAAGAAGCCAGAGCAGGACCGGGAUUCAGGCCAGGGUCCAGAUGAAGAGCAAAGUGAGAGUUCUCCUACCGAGGCCCACUUCUUCUGCACAUUGGAGCUCCCUGGGUUCAGAGAAUCGGGGAUCGCAUCUGGAUAUGACUCCAAUACGGACGAGAGCGAUGAUAGGGAGAGCUGGGGCCAAUGAGCGAUUCAGGAUUGAUGCUCCUUAGGCAAUGUUGGAGAUGUUUGAGAGUUACGAGACUAUGGAUUCAAUUCUGUUGAAAUGGUGAUAUGUAGUGAUCCGGCCAGUGACUAAAAAGCAUACAGUAAUUAAGAGAUCUGAACUCUGUAAAGUGUUUUGGAGGGAAACCUCUCUACAUUUUGAAUGAAAGUGAUGAAAUUAUGAGUGUACACAGUACCUGAUGUUUAUUUUCCAUUUUUCCAUUUUAAAUAAGCAAACUCCCUUUAAUUGGUGUAAGAAAUGUAACGCAAGCUUUCAGAACUCAGUUCGGUUUAUUUACUUAUUUAUUUCCACAUUCAUUAGCAAAAUUGCUUGUAUGCUUGAGGGUACACGUUUUUCCCUGUCAACUUGAAUUCAGCUUUAUAUAAUUGUGCGUAGGAAAUUUCGACCUUACAGAACAAAAAUGCUUUCAGGUGAUUUUUUUAAUUCAUUUAUUAUUUUUUUUUUUUUGCAAUUUGCAGUUCUGUGUGAUAUUAGCAAUCUAGCAAGACUGAAAAAACAUGUACUGUACAUGCUAUGCUGUGUCCUUUACUGUAUAUCAAUACCUGAGAGAGGAAUGAUCAAGAUGAUGAGACAUGGUCAGAAGAGGAUAAGGACAGAGGCAAGAAGAAAUGAUGAUGUUCUUUUAUAACUCUUCAAACAAGCCCCGCUUGCUCAAUUGCUAUCGUCACUGUGCUCGUAAGGCAUCAUCACUGUGUGACGGAAAACAAAACAAGGAGACAAUGGAUAAUAGUCCUGUGAUCAUUUUAAAGCUUUUGGUGUGACCCUACUGUUACUGUGAUGCUAAUAUGCUGAGCUUCCAUGAUGUCUACAGUGGACCUGUACCUACACUACUACUUGUGCUGUGUGAAUUUUGUUCUGCUUGACUGUAAACAUGCCCUUACACAUCUGGAAUUUCUGCAUCUGUAUAGUAUAGAAAUGGCAGUGGUCCAUUUUGGCCAAAAACCGCAAAGCGUUAUUGUCACGUCUACAGGAUCCGCAAACAACACGAUAAAACCUGAACCCUGUAAAAAAAAAAAAAAAAAAAAAAAAAAAGCUGCUUUAAGACACUGUAAAAUGUUUCAGAUCACAGAUUUCCUUUCUUUUUGGUUUGAGCUCAUAAUGUACAAGCAUUUAUAGCGGUGUCCGACAACGUGUACACGGUUUUGGUUGUAUCAGGUAACACCAUAUGAGUGGCUUAAAAAGAAUGCGAAACUGCACGUCUAAAUCAUAACACACUAACCUUCAUCAUGGCUCACAAAUUUCAUGAACUCUGUCAAUUAAAGGUCCCAGCUGAAAUAUUUAAAAGCAUUUCUAAAACUAAUAAUAGAAUUUUAUAAAUACCAACAAAAAAAAACAACCUGAGAGUUGCAGUAUUGCUAGCUAAUAAAUCUAGCUAGUUUCUUUAUUUUGUUUGUGUUUACAUGGAAAUGAGCUCCGCCUUGAGAUAAAGCUAAUCGCUUUAUUCGCUUUGCAACUCUUCUUUAAAAGGCAACUCGAACAGAAACUGUCCGUUUUGGGAAGUAGAUUUCUGCUUUGUCUGUGUGUUUAUUGCAGAUGUAGUUCACAUUGCUGCCAGCAGGACAGCUGUAAAAAAAGAAAAAAGUCACAAACAGCUGAUUUAAAAACACUUCAGCUGAAGCAUUUUGCUCUAUCUGUAAGCUUGUGGCAAAUCCGGUGUUGCAUGUGUGCAAAUUUUUCAUCUACAUCUUCUGUCACGACGUCUUCACGAGUAGCGUUAUUAACCCUCAUGCUGUCAUGUUUAGCUACGGCUCUGUUUGAUGUUGUGUCAAAGAGAGAACGAGAAUUUACUGUUCCUAAACAGUAACAAGACUAGUGUGUAGCGAAAUGAUUCAUUGCGACAGGUCUAAA